CGGUGACGGUCGGCGGCUGAUGCGGCCGCAUCCGAAGCUCCCGCAUCCUCAGAGUCACCUCCUCAUGGGACGCGCACAGCGGGCGGCCCGGCAUCCAGACAGACGUUAGACUUAGACUCUAGAGUCUGUUGGAGACGGUGUCCUAUCCUACAGCGUCCUCCGCGCCGCACAGAUGGCAACCUGCAAUACUGGGCAUCAAGAACUAGCGACGGUCCUCUCGACAGGUCUGACCGUCGUCCUCGUCAUCUCCUUCGUAUCUCAGCACUACAAGAUAAUCUCGAGACGCCUCUCUCUCGGAUUCAGCCCAUGGUUUCUGCUACUCGGUGCUACCUCGUCCACCGGUGCCCUGUUGGACAUCUAUACGCUACAAUGGGGCGUUGUGAAGUGCUGCCGACACGUUAGCGCAGGGGUCUGUAUGGCAUCGUUGGGCGGGAUCAUACAAGUCUCUUUGCAAUGGAUUCUCUUUAACAUCACGUUCGUGCUGGUGCUGCUUUAUUUCCCUUCGGAGCGCAAAUUCACGACGAUGGAUGGCUCGCCGAGAAGAGAGACGGCGCGCUUUGAUCAUCGGAGCGUCGCCGGAGCUACCAAAUCGACCGACUGGCGCAAUAUGAAGAUAUGUGUCUGGUUGACGGCAGUGCAUUUCGUGCUGAGUCUCCUGUACACCGUUGCUAUCGUUCAUUUCGAGUUCGGCCCUAAUUACCCUACACCGCGGGUUGCACAGUGGAGCAAGUUCUUGGGGAUUUCGUCCGCACUACUAUCGAUCUUGCAGUACCUGCCUCAACUCUGGCGCACGUGGCAGAUUGGUUUGGUCGGUUCGUUGAGUAUACCCAUGAUGUGCUUCGAGGUGCCGGGUGCCACGGUCAUGGUUACCUCCAUCGCCCUUCGUGAAGGCACGGAUUGGACCAAUUGGGCGAUGUACGCUGCUUCUGGCGCCAUGGCUGGGCUGUUGCUGCUCUUAUGUUUGGCGUGGAAGGUCAGGCAAGCCAGACUGGGCGUUGAUGACUUCGGUAGACCGCUCAACAAACCCAUCGACACUCCCAAUCCCAGUGAAACAGCGCCCUUGUUGACCGGCGAUGUCCGUGCUGCGUAAUCCGUAAUUCAUUGUUCUAGUACUAGA